CACCAUCCGUCUAGAGUCACACCUUAGGGCUUCUCAGAGUAUUUUCAACAUGAGUGGCUGCCCGUAUUUAAGCAAUGGCCUUAGUCAUCCUUUUGAAAAACUGUCUUUAGAAGGCAGUGAAGAAGAUGAAUCACAAACUGGUAUAAAUAAAGCCAGCAAAGGAGGACUUGUCUAUGGAGAUUAUCUUCAUUUGGAAAAAAUUUUGAAGGCACAGGAGCUUCAGAGUGAAAUAAAAGGAAAUAAAAUCCAUGAUGAGCACCUUUUCAUCAUAACUCAUCAAGCUUAUGAACUCUGGUUUAAGCAAAUCCUCUGGGAAUUAGAUUCUGUUCGUGAGAUCUUUGAGAAUGGCCUUGUCAGGGAUGAGAGGAAUAUGCUUAAGGUUGUUACACGAAUGCAUCGAGUGGUGGUGAUCCUUAAACUACUGGUACAGCAGUUUUCUGUUCUGGAAACGAUGACGGCCUUGGACUUCAAUGACUUCAGAGAGUACUUAUCUCCAGCAUCUGGCUUUCAGAGUUUGCAAUUCCGACUAUUAGAAAACAAGAUAGGUGUCCUUCAGAGUUCAAGAGUACCUUACAACAGAAGACAUUAUCGUGAUAACUUCAAAGGAGAAGAUAAUGAAGUGGUACUUCAUUCAGAGCAGGAGAAAACACUUCUGCAACUAGUGGAGGCAUGGCUGGAAAGAACACCAGGUUUAGAGCCACAAGGAUUUAACUUCUGGGGAAAGUUGGAAAAACAUAUUAUUAAAGGCCUGGAAGAAGAAUUCACAAUGAUUCAGGCUAAAAAAGAGUCAGAGGAAAAAGACGAGCAAAUGGCUGAAUUUCAGAAACAAAAAGAGACAUUACUCUCUUUAUUUGAUGAGAAAUGCCAUGAGCAUCUCCUUCAUAAAAGUGAAAGACGACUGUCGUACAGAGCACUGCAGGGGGCCUUUAUGAUUUAUUUUUACAGGGAGGAACCUAGAUUCCAGGUCCCUUUCCAGCUGCUGACUUCUCUCAUGGACAUAGACACACUCUUGACCAAAUGGAGAUAUAACCAUGUGUGCCUGGUGCACAGGAUGCUGGGCAGCAAAGCUGGCACUGGUGGGUCCUCAGGCUACCACUACCUGCGUUCCACAGUAAGUGACAGGUACAAGGUAUUUGUAGAUUUAUUUAAUCUGUCCACAUAUCUGGUUCCCCGACACUGGAUACCGAGGAUGAACCCAGUUGUUCAUAAAUUCCUUUACAUGGCUGAGUACUGUGACAGCUCUUACUUCAGCAAUGAAGAAUCAGAUUAAAAUUGUCUGCAACAAUCUAUGAAGAACACAGAUUUCCGCAUUUUUUCUAUGAAUUUUCACGAAUGCAGGGUGCUAAUGUAACAUAUGUAUACAUAUAGUUAAGCACUGUGGUGCUCUGAUUCAACCUCAGAAAUAAUUUUAGUUCAUUUGUUGUGAUAAGACUAAGUACUUUUGUGAUGGCACAAGACCUUGAGAUAAGAAAUUAAAUCAGUUACAUUCUAACGUUGUACACAGGGUAUUUUCCUAUUAAAAACUUGAUGUCCCCUGAUGUCUACCUAACCAUUUUAUGUAAUCAUUAUCACUGUUUCAUAUUUCAUAAGGUUGCAAGCUUCAACUAUUUCAAAAUUUUUAUGCAGUAAAAUGUGUCAUUCUGUACAAACUUAUUCAAUAAAAAGAUUUU